GAACAUGGUUACCUCUGUGAAACCCAUAUACUUUCAAGUAUCGCAUCGCGGUAACAUCCACCCACUCUCACUCCUCCCAGAUGAGACUCUCGCGGUCCUACAGGCCCGCCUCGAAGAACUCACGUCCGUCCCGCCUCCUCAACAAAAGCUGCUUUACAAGGGCAAGAAGCCUUCUCAUGGAGAGUCCACUACACUGCAGGACGCGGGUUUCAAGGAUGGGAUGAAGGUGCAGCUGCUGGGUGCGACGGCAGAGGAGUUGGGAGGGAUGCAGAAAGCGGAGGACGAACAGAGGCGGCGAGAGAGCAUCAUGCGGGAGCGCGCAGCGAAGGGAACCGUCAAGGUGCGAUCGACUGGUCCAUCCGCGUUCACCUCCGCUCCCUCUGGGCGCUACCGGUUCCACCGCCUCGAGCCGCUUCAGCAUCUGCCCAACCCUGCCUCUGCCCUUGCCACCCUCGAGCGCCUCUCCUCCGACCCCGCCAUCCUGCACGUCAUGAACAAGCACGAGUUCUCCGUCGGACUGCUCACGGAGCUCGCGCCGCACGAGGACCCGCACUUGCUGGGAUUGAACGUGAACGCGGGGCAGGCGAUCAAGCUUCGGCUGCGGACGGACGCGUACGACGGGUUCAGGCCGUAUCUCGAGGUGAGGACGGUGCUGUGCCACGAGUUGACGCACAACAAGUGGGGCGACCACGAUAACAACUUUAAGGAACUGAACUCACAGCUGAAUCGCGAAGUCGUAGCGUUCGAGCGCGCUAAGAAAGAGGGCACGCACACUCUCGUCGACGACCUCGGAGGGUAUGAGCCCUCUUCGGAGCUCGAGGCUGAGGCGCGCACGUACGUCCUUGGCGGGUCCGGGAUAGCACCAUCUGGAAACGAGACGGUGGAGGAUAGGAGGCGGCGGAUGUUGGAAGCAACGAUGAACCGGCUGAGGAAGGAGGAAGAAGAACUAGAGCACAGUUGUGGGACGGCCGCGGGUCCCGCUAUCACCAAAGAGAUGGCACCUUCUACAUCACUCACAACCCAUUCCAAAAGGUCUCACAGUGCAGGCUCCAUGAAACAGUCAAAACUUUCAUUCGUCACAGCCAAGCGCGCAAGUGGUGCUUCCGCUGUCAAAAGCAAACUUAGGACAGCGCCGGGCUUGCGAGCAUCGUCUUCCGGUACUAUCGAGAACUCGGGAUCGGUUGUUCAGGCGCCAAGGGAGAAAUUGGAUCCCGAUGACAAGGACGGGAGGUGGGCAAAGCCGUAUGCUGCGGCAAGUGCAAAGAUGGGCCACUUGCAGCCAGUGCACGCUGAAGGGCAGACGAAAGUGCAUCACAUCCUUCGUGUAUUCGACUUAUCAUAUGAGUAUGGCCCAUGUAUUGGGGUCACUCGCCUUCAGCGAUGGGAGCGUGCCGACGCGCUUGGUCUCAAUCCACCACCCGAGAUUCGGGACAUCCUGCUCACCGAAGAAGGCACCUUGGACAAACAAUUCUCUCAUGACGUUUUCUACGUCGGAGAAGUUUGA